AUUUGAUUUGUCUUUCACUUUCUAGACCCUUCCAUUCCUCUCAUUCUCAAAUCAAAUCUCAACCCCUAAACUACGAAUUCCCUUCUUCCUUCUAGACCUUUCCAAGCACUCCCCCAUUCUAUCUUAAAUCAAACCACUCUCUUCCCAUCUCCCCGAAAAACACAUUCCCUAAAAUCCUAAUCCUUAUUCCUUGUAACAUUGCGGCACUAUUUACCACCCUCACAUGGCGAAAUACGGCGAGGGCGAUAAACGGUGGAUCGUGGAAGAAAGACCCGACGGCACCAACGUCCACAACUGGCACUGGUCCGAAACCAACUGUCUAGAAUGGUCCAGAGCCUUCUUUACCAACCUCCUCUCAAAUCUCGUCAUCCUCAACGGCGAAGGUAACCUCUUCAUCAAAACCACCGCGCUCCGCAACCUCGACGGCGAAGCCUACAUCAACAUCCGUAAGGGGAAGAUCAUCCCCGGCUACGAGGUGAAUCUCACUCUUUCAUGGGAAGGUGAAGCCAAAGACUCCGAAGGUAAGUCGUUGCUGAAAGUUAACGGUACUGUUGAAAUCCCUUAUAUCUCUGAUGAGAACGCGGAUGAGGAUCCUGAUAUUAGGGUUACGGUUGAAGAUGAGGGACCGAUUGGGAAGAGGAUUAAGGAUGCGAUGUUUUCGAAGAAGGGGUUGAUUUUGGAGAAGGUUAGGGUUUGGGUUCAGAGUAUGGCGAAAGGAGGUCCGGUUAAAGAGGAGUUGGAUACUAAGAAGCCGUUGCCGCAGCCACUGAAGCAAAAUCAGAAUAAUGCUCCGGUUGCUACGGCGACAGCUGCGAAGAGUGAUUCUGUUAAAAAGGAGGGUGUAGUGGAGAAAAAGAAGGAGAGUAAGAAAGGACGGAAGAAUAUUGUGUUGACGGAGAAGUUUAGUUGUAGGGCGAAGGAUUUGUAUGAGAUAUUGAUGGAUGAGAAUAGGUGGAAGGGUUUUACGCAGAGUAAUGCGAGGAUUAGUAAAGAGGUUGGUGGUGAGAUCAGUAUUUUUGAUGGGUCUGUUACUGGAAGUAAUUUGGAGUUGCAAGAAGCUAAGUUGAUUGUGCAGAGGUGGAGAUUCGGGAGCUGGGCCGAUGGUGUUCAAUCGCAGGUGAAACUUGUUUUUGAGGAACCUGAACCAGGGGUUACUGUUGUUAAGCUGACACAUACUGAUGUACCUGUGGAAGAUAGGUAUGGCAAUGCCACUGUGGUGGAGAAUACCGAAAGGGGAUGGCGGGAACAUAUUUUCCAAAGGAUACGUGCUGUUUUUGGUUUUGGAAUUUGAGUCUUUUUUCACGUAGUCUGUUGUUUUGUUAGGUUGUAGGAUUUAUGGAUUUGAAUAUUCAUAAGGAAUAACUUAUGGAUUCACUUUAGAUAUUGAGAAUUGCAAUGGUUACUCAUAUAUUAUCUUCAGAACUUUGGCUUCCUAUGUGGAAUUUAACAUGUUUCUUGCCGUGUCUAGUUUUAUAUGAAUUGUGUGCUGUUA